AUUGUCAUCAGUUUCUAACUUCGUACAGGUCACCGUUUAUUAAAACGUUUUUCCAUCUAUUAACAGUGAUUGAGUUUGGAGACGUUCUGGAAUACAUUAUGAGGGUUGGAUUACUAUUAUAUCCUAAAAUGGUUUUGUUUUUUCGUUAGCUUACCCGAUCUGCUUGGAAUACCGCCCUUAAAUCAGAAAGAGGCAUCUAAUCGAACGUUUAUUUUUAAAUUAAAAAUUCUCUAUUUCCUUUACGCUUUAUCCUGUAGUUAAAUCUAUGAACAAAAAAAGUUGUUAUUAAAUACACGUAAAUAAAAAUUAGUUGUGGUGUUAAUAACGAUAUUGUUCUUGCAGAACGCUCGAAAAUUGAUAUAAUGGAAUGCUGCAAGUGCGACUGGCAGGUGUACAAGCAGCGCGUCAGCGAGAGGGGGGAGUACCUGCUGGAGACCGGCCAAUGGAGUGACUGCAAGUUUGCUGUUGGUACAGAGCCUCAUCAGAAGGUGUUUGAAGCGCACAAGCUAUUCCUGGCUAUGUCUAGCCCUGUUUUUGAAGCUAUGUUUUACGGCGGCAUGGCAGAGAAGAACGAACCUAUACCCAUUCUUGAUGUCCAGCCCGAAGCAUUCAAAGCUCUUCUCGAGUACAUCUACACGGACGUGAUCAACCUGCAGUCGUUCGACCAGGCGUGCGAGCUGUGCUACGUCGCCAAGAAGUACAUGCUGCCCCACCUGGUGAAGGAGUGCACCAAGUACAUCUGGCGCGACCUGCACGCCAAGAAUGCCUGCCGUGCCUACCAGUUCGCCAAGCUGUUCGAAGAGCCCACCCUCAUGGACAAGUGCAUCGAGAUCAUCAGCUCGGAGACGGAGCGGGUGCUGGGCGACCCGGGCUUCGAGGAGGUGGAGCUGUCCACCCUGGUCACCAUCCUGGAGCAGGAGUCCCUGUGCGUCAGCUCCGAGCUGGUCCUGUUCGACGCCGUGGAGCGCUGGGCCAGGAAGGAGUGCGCCAGGAAGGGUCUGUCGCCCGACGACAACAAGUCUCUGCGGGCGGUGGCGGGACCGGCGCUCCAGAAGCUGCGCUUUCUCACGCUGAAGCCGGCGCAGUUCGCAGAGGGCCCUGCCCUGUCCCCCCUCCUCCUCCAGGAGGAGAGCUUCGCGGUCCUGGUGAACAUCUCGGCGCCCGGCGGCGGCAAGCUGCCGCUCCCCGAGGGCUUCUGCCCCUCGGCGAAGCCGCGCCAGGGCCCGGCCAAGAGCGUGUUCGACCUGCCCGUCACCAUGGACACCAUCAAGGACGGCAACAAGUUUGUGUGCUUGCGCCAGGUGGCUCACAAGCCGCCCAUCCCCAACAACAGCAUCCUGGACUGCACCAUGACCUUCACCGUGGAUAAGAACAUCUGCAUCCUGGGCGUGCAGGUGCCGACGCAGGUGCACCCAAACAGCGCGGAGGUGCCGGCUCCCCACGACCUCGCCACGCUGCGCCAGCCGCCCAGCAACGAGAGCUACACGGAGCUGCUGUACGCCCACCUGCUGGACUGCGACGGCUCCCGCCUCACCUACACCCACUUCACCUCGCGCGUCUUCUACGGCCAGCUGGUCGAGAUAGGCUUCAACCGCCCCGUCUACAUCCAGCGCAACAAGGUGUACCGCGUGGGAGUGGUGCUGAACAAGAUGGGCUGGUACCCGAUGGGCGUGUGCUCCCAGAGCAUGACAUGCGACUCGGUCAUCUUCAACUUCUGUGUGGGCCAGCCGAGCGACUACUCCCGGGACGGCCUCAUCCGCAGCAUCGUCUUCACGUACUGAGCGGCCCGUGGUUAACCUCCGAGGAUUCGGAGCGUGGUUUCCCCUCGUCCGACUGCCAGUACUGUGUCGUUCAGGCCUCCCAACACGUCGGACACGUGGAACUCUCGUUGUGUUUGCCUGUUCGUGAAGUCAGUGAAGGUUUCCCCAACAAGAGUGUGUUGACUUUCAGGAAAUUUUUAAAUUUCAUAAGUUUCUUCUUCUUCGUCUUCUUCUUUUGAAGCUGUAUUAGUACAGGGUUAUUUCCACUUUACCACCUUUAUGAUUCCGCCUUUAAAUAUUGAAGGUUUUUUUAAUGUAACCCUUUAAAAUUUUAUUUUUAUUUAUUUACAGUGUUGACUGAUAUUUGAGUGCCUGCCUAACACACUAGAGCACUAAGGAUAGGCGUAACUCUACCUACUAUUCCACACACUAUUGCAAAUGCAGGCUGUAGAUGUGUAAUUGAGGUAGGUUCUGCAAGGUUAAGCCACUUAGCGGACUACUCGAGAACCGAGACAAAAUACGUGCCACUCAUUUUUAAUAGAUGAUUUAAAUUUCAAACAAAUAGUUUAUGUACUUUGGAGUUAUUGUAAAAUAGUGGAACGUCAAAUGAUAACCAUUUCUGUGUUUUAUUAAAAUACUGUAUUUGGUUUUUUGAUGGUGUUUCAUAGGAAUCGCUACUUUUCUAAUGUUGUUUUAGUAGUGAUAGUGAUUUUUUCCCUCCAGUAUGGUUGAUACAAUGAAUACUCAACUAAAUGACAUUAGUGUUUGUUUCUGUGUUGUAAAUUUGUUCAUUACAUACAGGUGUUUACUUACAACAUGCUGUUUUAUUAAUUUUUUUUGGCAAUAUGUAGCAUAGUUUUAUGUGGAUCUUCAAAUAUUUAAAAUUUUUAAUAUGUUGAACAGAAUGAAAGCAUAUAGCUUUGAUGCAGGCUACGAAUUGCUUGAUCUGGCUGUUUGUAGGUCCGGCUCACACCCUCCAGGGUGCUAAAAGCCAUUCUACCACGGUCUUUGGUAGCAGCUUGCAUUAGUUCCACCAACGUGAGUUGUCAUCAGUGCAUGUGUGAUGUUAGCCAGUUCAGGCACAGAGCUGUGUAGCCUAGUUUGCCUUCGAAGUAGUAGUGGAACUCACUAUUUAUCAACUUGAAAUUUUUUUAUUAACAGUAAAACACUUCCUCUUCAGGUACUGUAAGUUUGGCAAGUUUUUCCUAACUUUAUCUUUCAUCAGUACUUAGAGCUGCACUGGGAUAUCACAUUGAGGUGCAUUCCCUGAUGCUUGCCCCUUCACUCUGCGAGCUUUCCAGGUGGAAGGGGGUGGCGAGGCAUUGAGCCCAAGACACUCGUCGGGUCGCAGUGGCUGUCUUGCCACGGGGCAGCCAAGUCUCGAACGGAACGGCCGAGUUGUGGGAGGUCAGGACGCAGAGAACACUUUGCCUGCUUCGUGUCUCGUUCGGAGGUCUUGAUAAGGCAUUUGUUUCCCACCAGAGCAUGCACAAUGUGGACAAGUUGAGGAAAUAUUCCAAUGCAAGGCUGUUUAUUGUGCUUAAGGAACACAAUAGCAGAAUCUAGCUCCCUUAACAACUGUUUCUUUAGCGUCUUUUGAGUAAGUUAAGAAAAGGCCUGAAAUACGGAACUGCGUAAAAUGAUCUUGCAGUAUUUUUCCGAUCGCACCAGUAUGGCGGAGGGGACAUUUAAAAAAAAAGGAAGGUCAAGAUAGUGCCUGUAAAUAGGCGGGAAGUGGUAAGCAUGAAGUGUCCGUAACGUACGUUCACUUGGAUCGAAUUGGCAGCAGACAGGCUCUCGCAGCUGAAAAGUGCAGCUAGUCACAGCAAUGAGUCCCAAGUGGGGAUAAAGUGACGCCUGGCGACCUCAAUGGCUCCGCCUUCUUCAGAAGCACAUGUGGCAACCAAAGGUGAACAAGGUCAGAGCUGAUUGGCAGGCAUGCUGAGCAGGCCAGGAAAGUAGGGGCAGCAAGUGAGACUCCGCCCUUGAAGGUUACUGCAUCAUCACCGAACUGAGCACUGGGGUAAUGCACGGCAGUGCCGUGACCAUAACGAGAUGAAGAGGUAGUUGCCAUCUGCUGGUGGAUGGGUGGCCGUCAUGCAUCAACUUUAACCAGAAACACUCUUACGUUUCAAAAUUGUAGUAUUAGCCAGUCUCUCAUUUUCUUGUGACUGCUUUUCACGUUACUUGCACCAUUUUAUUUCAGUUCCAUUUUAACCUCAUUUGACGCAAUGUAAUAAAUUACCAUUUUUUUACAACUCUACUACAAUCUGUGUCCUGCAAUUUAUGUUGUAUGUAUACCUACAUACAUUUUUUAUCCUCAUUUUUAUCCUACAUAUGAAGAUAACAUUUUUGUGUGAAAUACCAAAUCCAAAAUGCUGUUGGGAACACUAGCGCUGUAGCUUCUGGAUUUUUCUAUGUGACAGCAAUAUUUACAGAUUGCCAACACUGGCCGAAUAAUGGCAGGUUUUGAUAAAAUAAUAGCAUGCGACACUAAGGCUACAGUUUUUAAAAAUUCUGAAUGUCCAUCUACUGUAUGGUCUUGAAAAGUUUCACAUGUUCUGUAUUAAUCUCAGAUAUCACCAUGUAUUUUUUUUAAAUAUAAAUUCAAAUUUACUCAUUACACACAUUACAGAUGGGUAUUAUGUAUUUCACAUUCCCAAUUAUAUUAAUC